AUGUUGACAUGUGACCAUCCAGUUCCUUCGGAUCGGUACAACGAUAGGGUGGAGGAGCAUUUACGAGUUACUAGGUUUUAUCAUGCAUCUCAAAUUGGUGUAGUACAAUGUCAGAAAGCACUGGUGAAUGCUCUAAUCGAACGGUGGCACCCAGAUACAUAUACGUUUCACCUUCUCGUUGGUGAAUGUGCCGUGACUCUUGAAGAUGUGGCUCUAAUUCUUGGUCUUCCGACGGAUGGUCUUCCAGUCACAGGGAUGACAAUGAGUAGUUUCGAAGCCUUGGAGGCAGAAUGUUUGGAUCAAUUUGGAGUUGCACCGCGUAAGGAGGAGUGUAGAGGAUGCUGCAUAAAACUGACGUGGCUGUGCGAUCUAAAAGAAAAUUUUCAGUUGACUGAUGAAAUAAGUAUACAGAGUAUAGGACAGUACAGCUGGGGAUCAGCAUGCUUAGCACACCUCUACAGGGCAUUAUGCAGGGCAUCUCGUUUUAACUGUAAGAAAAUCGAUAGUCCACUAACACUUCUGCUCGGAUGGGCUUGGAUCCGACUGCCUUAUCUAUCCCCGCUUCCUAGGAAAUCCCGCAGUUUUCCACUAGCAAACAGUUUCAUUUAUUUUUUUCUGUUUGUGUGGGCUGCUUAUGAUGUGGAUCGCGUGGAUCCGAAUAUUAUUCCUGCUGAAAUCUACAUGCAGUCGGUUGUUUGGAGCGCAACAGUGCCGUUGGUGUCAUUCGAAUGUAUCGAGUGGCAUGCUACCGAUAGGAUUAGGCGAAAGUUCGGUUUCGUUCAGGAAGUACCUCAUCAGAAAUGGAAUCUGGACAAGGCGCAUGGAGAAGUCUUGACUGGUCCUAAGAAUCUUAACUGGACCACAGCACCGAGUCAUUCAUUUUGGGUGAUGUAUUGGACAACUAACCUGUAUGUUUCCUGA